AUGGUUUCACCACUUUAUGCGUCAACCGAUCAUUUGUACGUACGUUUGCCCACAAGUAUUGUCCCGAAUCACUAUGACGUUCAGCUCCACACUUAUAUCGGACCCAAAGACUUCUACUUUGAUGGCAACGUAACAAUUUUAAUAGAGUGUAAGGAAGACACGGAUAACAUAACGGUUCACAUCAAUGAUAUGACCAUUUAUAAUGAAUCGGUUGUCCUUCUCGAUGAUCGAGAAAAACACUUGUCUUAUAUCUCAAACUUCUCACACGAAACGAAACGACAAUUUUUUAUAAUUCAUUUGAAUACGAAUCUAAAGCGCGGAAAAAAUUAUAUUUUAAAAAUCAAAUUUAAAGGCAAUCUGAACGACGACUUGUCUGGUUUCUACAGGAGCUCCUAUAAGGACAGCGCCGGCAAUAAACGAGAUUAA